AUGGGCUGCGUCAGCUCCAAGAAGGCGAGGGCCCGUUUGCAGGGCCACAGCCAGAGCACCAAGUCGGGCCCUCGAGCCGAGCCCGGCCCAAUUCAUGUCGGGCCGCUUGAAGAAAUAAAUGUGGUGCCCAGCAAGUCUGGCCCUCGAGCCGAGCCCAGCCCAAUUCAUGUCGGGCAGCUUGAAGAAAUAAAUGUGGAGCCCGAGAAGGAGCCGGUGUUGGAGGGGACUGGUGACGUGGCAGACGACAGGGAAUCUUGGAAUGCGGAAAAAAGUCACAAUCUUGACGAUGUUUCGGAUGAUUUGAAGGCCGUCGUGAAAAGGAAUGAUGAGCUGGCGCCGCCGGAGAUUAUACUCAGGAGGCUGCCAGAGGUCCAGCUGGCGGCGGCAGAAUGGCCGGCCUGGCUGACGGCGGUGGCCGGAGAAGCCGUCGACGGGUGGGUCCCAUUGAGGUCGGAUACUUACCAAAGAUUAAAUGCUAUAUGUGGAGUCGAGCAUUGCCACUCACGAGGCAUAAUGCAUCGUGAUAUUAAGACCUCGAAUAUCUUAGUGAAUAACAAAGGGAUUUUGAAGAUUGCCGAUUUCGGGCUCGCGAAUUUCGUGAGGCCCGAAAGCAGUCAGCAGCCAUUGACGAGCCGAGUGGUGACCUUAUGGUACCGUCCUCCCGAGCUUCUCUUGGGGUCCACGAAUUAUGAUGAGUCCGUCGAUUUAUGGAGCGUGGGCUGUGUUUUUGCCGAGCUUCUUAUCGGGAGGCCACUUCUCAAGGGCAGAACCGAGGUCGAGCAGUUGCAUAAAAUCUUCAAGCUCUGUGGUUCGCCACCGAACGACUACUGGAGAAAGUCUCGAUUUCCUCUGGCGAAAAUGUUCAAGCCUCGGCAGCUUUACGAGAGCACGCUUAGAGAGAGAUGCAAGGAAUUUCCGAGGUGCAAUCGGGUUAAUCGAGACUUUUCUCUCGGUCCAACCUUACAAACGCGGGACUGCAUUUUCUGCGCUCGAUUCUGAGUAUUUCAAUACAAAGCCCCUAAAUACCCACCGAACAAAGAGGUCGAUGUAAUUUUUCCAGAUUUAACAUAUUCGAAAAAUUGUUGAACAAUUUGAUGGGUCGAUUUCUUUCCAGGAAAAGGGCCGGUCCACGGGCUGAAGCGGGUUCAAGAAAUCCAAGGAGAGAUUGAAAAGCCUCGCAAGAAUCGAGCGAAUUUAACAAAAUGCUUCCAACAGAGGGUCAACUAGCCCGAAGGACCACCAAUUUACACAGGAGAAAAGCCAGUUUCGAGUCACGAACGACCUUAAAACAACCAAACAUUACAAAGUCAGAAGUAUCACAAGCCUCUCAGACGACCUAAAAAACGACCACACGAUCAGUACCUGUCCAGGUGUCGGCCUAUAGUGGCUUCACUUGGGCCAAGCCACAAAAGCAGCAGAAUGUGUUCACAAGGCUGCACAGCCAGCCCAUCUCAAGAGGUCCACCGGGCUCGGAUGGCCAGUCAUUGGGCCGGGCUUACAGCUUAAAGCCCACCAAACGGGCCAACCUGUUGCAAGAACUUGCAGAGGACUAUGGCAACAAGAAGAAAUGUAGAGUUCCAGUCUCAAGGCAAAUGACUGAUCAAUCUCAAGAAACUGUAUUGGGACAGCAUGAACAAGCUCGUCAAGUUAAUCGUCGAUCACGGUUUUUUAAAGAUUAGUGACUUCUUAAGCUCCUGAGGAUGGAUGAAGAAGAUUAAUGCUGUAUAAACUGUGGAUCGGAUUAGUUGUUUUUUUCUACCUCUUUUUUUUUUUUCUCCCUUACAGUCAUUACCAGACUUCUAGGGAGUUUUGUUCAUUAUACACUCAGCAACAAUUUUUACAGAGAAUGUUGCAGAAAUAAAGGAAGUACUUUUUAAGUUUUUCUGCAUGGGAUGAUGAACAGAGCGUCCAAUAUUGUUCUCUCUUAUUGUUCUUUCUCUCCAUAAAUUUAUAAGGACCUUGAUUCAUCUUUUAUUCUUUCUCAACUUUUCAUGUUUUGUAGAUUUGAUCAAUUGAUUCAUUGCAUAAUGUUUUCAUAUUUCAAUUUUUUCAAAUUUAUGAUCUGUUGAAAUUUGAGCUGAACCUUUGAA